CUGGGCCAGGUGCGUGUCAAGAGACCUCGUGCACGUGUGUGUCGCGAGAGGGACGACUCACUCGUUUCUCUCUCCCCUGGUGCAUGACUUCAACACGCGUGUACACGCCAACUCACCUGCGUGCGUUUUUGUUUACACCAAAGUGUCAAUAGGCCGUUUAAAAACUGUGUCCUGCUAAGUGAUAGAAAGAAAGUAGAAGUUUCUCAUCAGAGAGGAUAAUUUCCAAAAGUUUUCGAAAAACGUGUCCUUUUUUUCCCUAGAGAAUAUGUGUUUUGGUGAGCGCGUGUGUGUGUGUGUGCGUCUUCGUCACGUGACUCCAAACGAUCAAUUUGAGCAGACGUCAAAAUGAAACGACAGCUGGGCCACUUUGAGAUGUUUUCUUGUUUGUUUAUUGUUAUCAUCGACUUAGUGACUAAGACAUAGUGGUAAGUGAAGAGAGAGAACAGGGAUACACACACUUCGUACACAUGUAGUAAAAAAUCAUUCAAGCUGUUAAAAGACGCAGUUUCCGAGAGUUCUAUCUUUUGCAAUCUUGUAAGAUCAUCUUCAAAUCGAGUUUAUCAAAGCAUUCGGUUUGCUGAAAGACAUUGAAGCCAAUGUUUUGAGAUCAUCUUACAAUCGAGUUUACCAAAGCAUUCGGUUUGCUGAAAGACAUUGAAGCCAAUGUUUUGAGAUCAUCUUCAAAUCGAGUUUAUCAAAGCAUUUGGUUUGCUCAAAGACAUUGAAGCCAAUGUUUUGAGGAGAUCGCUCACAAAAUGGUUUCUAAGGAAGACAUUCGCCAGUUUCAAAACCUUUCGGCGACGCUUCUCACCGAGCGAGAGCAGAUCGCUCUUCACAAGUGUCUGCAGCAUUUCCAGCGUACCAGAGACACCGCCAGACUGGCCAAAGGCACCAAGGAAAUACUCGACACGCCUGAACGUAGCAGACUCCUGGCGUACAUCAGGGCGCCCAUGGGAAAAGCCGAGAGGCGCAGGUUUGAUCAAUACUGGGGAAUCCACGGUGAAGAUAACAUGGCUAUGUCUCAGGACGAACUUGUGGAUAAAACCGAAUAUUUAGGUCGGAUUGCCACACCACCCAGCAGCGCCACUUCCAAAGAACGUUACGUCACGAUCUAUGGUUCCCGUGGUGACUCCAUGGGAUUCUCCAUCAGAGGAGGAUCUGAGGUGGGGCUUGGAAUCUACGUAAGCCACGUCAAGCCAGGAUCGUGUGCCGCUGAAGCUGGACUUGAGGUGGGCGACCACAUCAUCAGAGCCAACGGCGUAGACCUGAGGUGUGUGGCCAACAGCGGGGCGGUCAAAGUCCUGUCCAGCUCCGCCCUGCUCAACCUUGUGGUGAUUCAUCGCGGGAAGGUUCCUGAAUGGAAGGUGGCCAGGGAGAGAGUGUUAUGGUUUGACGUUGCCCAGGGGAGGGUUGUUUCCAGUCCACCAAUCACAGAAAGGCGUUCCCCCAGUUCUCUGCCCAGGGUGCUGGUCGAGAGAAAAGUUGUCAUCAACCUGACGGACGUAGCUGAUUUCAUAGGACUCAACAUACGAGGAGGUAGCGAGUACGGUAUUGGAGUGUAUAUAUCAAGGGUGGACCCUGGUGGUCAAGCUGCCCGUGUUGGUCUGUCACCAGGGGAUCAGGUAGUUCGAGUCAACGACACAGAUUUCAAGAGUAUCACACACACUGACGCUGUGGACAUUUUGAGAUCAAGUACACAUCUCAUCAUAACAAUACGGUCUGUCGGGAAGUAUCCGGUGUAUAAAGAACUGUGUGCCGAGUACACUUGGAGUGACGGUACCUACUACAAUACCAGCAACAUCUCUGGGUUCAAAGCAGUCCACGUCCCAGGGCCCAAAAACGAGGGAAAGAGACACAUUCACAGAGCUCGCACAAGGGAGAGCAGCAUUGAUCAAACUCCCUACGGCUUUAGUCAGACUGGCGAGGUGCAACAAUUUGACGACACUGAUCUAGAUAACAUCCAAGCAAUUGAAGAUCUGGACCAGGCUCUGGAGGAUGAGUCUAAACUGAUAUACCCAGAAGAAAGUGAUAUCAAGUUCAGACGACAUUAUGAGGAUUCAUGGCAGGACAUUGAAAGCAUAAAGGAAAAUUUCACCAGAGAAGAGGAGGACAUGACCAGCUCGUGGAUCAACAAUAACUCUAGUAGCAACCACAGGAGGCAAGACUCGGACCUAAGCGACCAACUGGACUAUACGACAUUCCUGGAACAAUCUGCUCUGCGGGCUAAGCUCGAAGGAAGGAAGUCUGCCUCCCAAGAGAUGAGCAGCGUGGAGAUCCACCACGAGCCCGUGAUCGAAACGUUUGUGGAAGAGUCUGUCACUGACUUCUCAAUGUCUCCCAGAUCGCCCGAACAUCGUGUGGCCGUACUUCCUAGUCAAGCCCUCACCUCCUUCGGGUCCCCUAAAACAUCAAAGCCGUCUUCGCCUCAGCAUUCCCACUAUGCAGAGAUGGACUCUUUCAGCAGGGAAAGGGUGACCACCACUGAAGGCAUCUACUCCCAGGUGAAUGACCUGACGGGUAGGCCGCCCAUAGAGGUGUACCACCAGACUAACAGCAUCGACUCCUCCAGCGCUAGCUCGUCUCCGGUUUACGCCUCUGUUCAUAAAAUGGUUAACAAAAACAAUGGCGGCAGGGAUGAAAUUUCAGAGGAGAUUUUCAAAUCUCAGCUCGAGAGACUGCAAGAGAGACAAUCUAAUCUUAGCACAUGGGAGAUUUCUAAAGUAGCUGGGGAAUCUCCGCCUUCAUCUGACAAUGUGUCUGUGAUCUCUUCAAACGGCUCUGAUAAAAACAAAUUCGGAACUUGGAAUUCUCUGAAGAAAAAAAUUGGCAGCAUCAGAAUUAAAGGAUCAGCACACAAGAAAAGAUCUCAGAUAUCUCGCAAUGAAGAAUCUCCUAUGGGCUCAAUGCGCCAAAAAGGAAUAUUUGAACGCAGCUUUGGCUCACAGAUUCUCAAUACGCCGACCAGCGAGCGUUACAAUUUGAUGGGAAUAUUUGAGGACCGUGCCAGAUUGCUGUUGCCUGAAGAUGAAUAUAAAGCUGUCAUUAGACAUUAUCAUACAUAUCAAAGCGACAAAGAUUUGGAAAGAUUUGUUCGCCUCUUGCUCACAAUCCUUGACAGACCUGAAAAGAGAACGCUGUUAGCAGACGUCAGAAAUGUUGUCUCCCCUGGUCACCUCAAUCAAUUUGAUACUCUCCUAGAGACAAACCGUGUGCAGCUAGUUGCCAGACAGUCAGAGUCAUCGCAAAAUAUCAAUGGUGAAAAAUCAGGUAACAAGCCUCCUAAACCAGCCAGGUCAAAGCCAGCUAAUCAGAUGAAUGGAAAAACUGGAACGUACGAUCUGACGGAGCUAUCCAGAACAUCCCCGUCGAGUAGAACGCUGUCCUUUACUACUGAUGACUUUAGAAACAAACAAUUAAAUGUUGUAUUAUCAGAAGAUACGAGCAGGCCGAGAGGAAACCCAGUGAUCAAAGAAGAUGAGGAAGUUGUGUACAUAUCAAAACAUAAAAUGAUACUUGGACUUGAACUCACUGGAGGGCGCAACCAUCCAGACGAUAAAGCGAUUAAAAUUCAAAAUGUUCGAAGCAACGGCGCUGCAGCAGACGAUCAAAGACUGCAGCCUGGUGUUGAGAUAACAAGUAUCGACGGUACAUCUGUGGAUGGCAUGACCAGCCAGGAGGCAGAGCUCCUUCUGCAGAAAGCCUUCAGCCACAAGAAUCCUACAAAUCUGGGAAUCCAUAUUCGACAUAAACAUCUGAUUUAGUUUUUUUUAGUUUGUACCAAGAAACACAAAAUGUCCAAAUGUGCUCUGGGUGCCCUGCAUUGAUCUCCAAAAGUGGCACAAAUAUGCAUUGUCUCGAUCAGCGAUUCUAAAACUGUUGUGUGAGAAUAAGGGGGAGUGAAGCCUCUCUUUUCUUUUACAGGGAGACGCAAAUCUGUUGUAAUCACAUUGUAUAUUUAUAAAUCCGGAUAAUUUAAUUAUUAAAAAAAAUGACACGUAUGUUUAACACAUUAAAUCAUUAAAUUAUAUAUCUGAUUUUUCCGCCUAAGUAAGACUUUUCAUACUAUUUUCGCGAGAGACCAAAGCAACAAGGCUCUACGAGUUGUCUUUCUUGUGUCACAUUGCUCCUAUUUCUCCCGAGUGACGUACCAUCUAUCUAUUGACGUCUUCUCGUGAUCAAAAUAGGCCCGUUUGAAGAUAUGUAAACACAUAAAUCAAGCUUAUUUCAGACGUAUAAACUCUACUGCCUCGAAUGUCUCUUGUACCUAAGUAUCGGUUCGUUUCAUUCCUUUUUAACAAAACUUUUUUUUUUACAUACGCUCUUCUUAUUCAGAGAAAUUGUGCGUUGUAGACAACAAGAGAAAGAAUUUCAGAUUGCAAGAAAAUGCUUGUUGCCGAUAAGCCCAUGAACCUCACGGGUUAAGGGGAUGCUUUUGCAUUAUAUUUAUUUUUGUGUGUCUUGGGAGCAUCACAUGAAACGUUUGAGAAACACUGGUCUAAAUGACUGUACCUAUGUGAGUUUUAUCAUUACUUCUGUUCCUUCCAGUGAGUUUUCCCCCCGAGUAAUUCAGUAUUUGUUGGGGCACCUAGGACUGAACCACAAAUGAAAAUGCAUUAAAAUUAUAUCUUUUAGUCUAUGUUAAAGCUGUUCAUUUUCCAAAGUAUUUAUUAAGACUUCUAUAGAUUGAUUAGUAGUGCCCAAUGGUGGAAAUGGUAUCAACAACCAAUAGUCAUUAUUUGUUUGGAUAUUAUUAAAAUUAUUAAUAUGAACAUGUUCUGUGUUGCCAAUGCUGUGCUGAUAAGGCCACUUUUAAUACUAUAAGUAUGUUGAUGUUUUAAAAUUGGUAUUGGCUAACAUGCAAUCUUAUUCACCUGUGCACCUUAAUGUUAUACUGUUGGCUACAGUGCAACUGUUACAAUACUCGCUAAUAUGAUUUUCUGAACCCUAAUUGUGUUGAAUGGACCGUAUGGAUAACAUUCGCAUGCUGUCGUCAAAAUGUAACAGGGUUUGAGUUGAUUUAACUAUGCAGAAGUUUAGCUGUGUUUAACGAAAACUGAGAAAUCGGAAAUAAAUGCUAUUUGUUGUGGAAACGUAAGAACAAAUAUUCAUUUGUAUUCUCUAUUUUACUGUAAACUUCCUGUUGCUUUACAGUUUUAUUAUUAUUUGAAAUGAAGUUUUUUUUUUUCAUUUACAUUUUAUUUUCACUUAUUUGUAAACGAUUUAAAUAGUGAAACUUUUAUGUCUCAAUUUCAUUUACGUUCUACACUUCUGCUUAUUACGUUUUGUUUAUUUAUUUGCCAAAUUAUUUUUGUUUUGUUACGUAUUUUGUCUCGCUACCAUGAUCAAUAUUAUUUGGUUUCCGUUAACUGACAUUUGUCAAAGCAGUUCAUGACAAUUACUCUCUUGUGCCUAAUUGAGUUGUAUAGAGACCAAUCGUUUUAGCAGGCCUGAACUCUGACCUGCGACGUCAUUUUAGACCCAUAGCUUGUUGCCACGUCACAGGUCAGGGUACAGGGCUAUUGUGAUGAGCGGUCUCGGUUUGGGUGCCAUUAUUUGGUCUGACUGAACUGUUAAUAUUUCAAAUGUUUCAUUACUGUCCCCAUAAUAAGAGACCACAUUUGCAGGGCGAGCCUGCCAAUGAUUCAUCAUACCGUAUGUCAAUAAGUAUCAUCGUCAUUAGCCUCAUAAUUCAGAACGCUUGUGACUCUUCUCUUUUCUGUUGUUUUUUCUACAACCGGUAUACAAAAUGUCAUUUAGUUUAGUGUUUUUCCUAGGGCUGCAAUUGUUCGUAUUUCAUUUGGAUGCCUAGUUAGAUGUACAUGUAAGUUACAGGGCCUAUAUAUGUCUUAAAGUAGAAAGUAUAGGGACCUUUAUUAGCAGAGUCUACUGUACGAUCAUUAUUAUGCAUAAACGCCAUUUUCUAGCAUGUCAGGGUUUUGUCCCAUACAGACAUAAAUAAAAUCAUUUCAACACUGUU